AUGGCCUCUCAGAAACUGUCCCGCCACGGAUCAAAACCAAUGGCUUCAGCAAGCACCUCAGACCGCUCUAGAUAUGGCCAUGGAGCUCACAGCAGAUACAGAGACACAGGCCUUCUUGACUCCCUGGGCAGGUUCUUUGGAGGUGACAGGCAUGUUCCUAGGAAGGGAAAGGUGAGCACCGAGGAAUAG